AUGCUUGAUCAUUAUGCCCAGAAUGACCAUGGACAGUUUCAAUCGGGAGGUCAAAUACCGCAAUCAGGAUUCUCGAGGGCCAGCGCACAACCACCGAGCUAUGGAUCGUGGGGCGAAGAUGCUGGAGACGAAUACUCCAGAUGGGAUCCGCGAGGAUGGUCCUUGAAGAACAAAAUCUUCCUAGCGGUCGGAAUUAUCGUAGUGAUUGUUGCCGUUAUCGUGGGAUCUGUCCUAGGGGUUCGAGCCAACCGAUAUCCGAACUACUCCUCAUUGGACUACAGCUUGGUAGACACCUACUCGGGGUCAUCCUUUUUCGACAACUUUGAAUAUUAUACCGACACCGAUCCUGCACAUGGAUUUGUUCAAUACAUUAGUCGGGAUAACGCAGAGUGGCUCAAUCUCACAUACGCUACUAGCACAUCAGCCGUGCUUAGAGUGGACACGACUUAUAGUGGCUCAGAAGCUGCCAGUGGGCGUCAAUCUGUGAGAAUUACAUCUAAUAACACCUAUGCCCAUGGCCUUUUCAUCUUCGACAUCUUGCACACUCCGUAUGGGUGUGGUACAUGGCCAGCAUUAUGGCUCACAGACCCCAACAACUGGCCUGCGCAUGGAGAGAUUGAUGUCGUGGAGGCUGCCAAUAAGGGUACUUAUGGAAACCAAGCGACACUCCACACAUCCGAAGGGUGUUCAAUGGGCGUCAAGCGAAAAGAAUACGGCACUGUGCAGAACAAGAACUGUUACUAUGAGGCGAAUGAAUAUUCGGGCUGUGGCGUGAAAGGAACUGAAAGCACUUAUGGUCCUGAAUUCAAUUCGAACGGAGGCGGAGUAUAUGCGAUGGAGCUUCGUGAUGCCGGUAUUCGGGUAUGGCAAUGGGCUCGUUCCAGUAUCCCAUCCGAUGUAACCUCAGGCAGCCCUGACCCAUCAACCUGGGGUGAAGCCUUCGCAGACUUCCCCAAUACCGAUUGUGAUAUAGGGUCUCAUUUCAAAAACCAGAGUAUUAUUGCCAAUAUCGACCUGUGUGGUGACUGGGCUGGUGCGAGCAAGUACUAUACUGAUCAAAGUAGUUGUUCUGGCACCUGUGAGACAUACGUGCGGGACAAUGCCGAUAAGUUCAGUACUGCUUACUGGGAGUUCAGCAGUUUCAAAGUCUACCAAGCCAGUUGA